AUGACAACAGUGCUUGCUGCUGGCCUCGGUGGCGAUGAGCUCAUCAAGAAAUUCAUUGGCGCCAGUACCUGGGCGUUCAUCGAGGACAAGUUUUCGCCCUUCGCCAAGGAGACGCUGGUCAAGGUGAUCCGCUUUGUCGUCGACGAGUGCAUCCCCGCCGAGAAGCUCUACCACGCCCAAGUCUCCACCGACCCGGAGAAGCGAUGGAAGAUCGUGCCCGAGGUGGUGGAGCAGCUCAAGAAGAAGGCCAAGUCGCAAGGGUUGUGGAACUUGUUCCUCUCCGGCAAGCACUACCCUGAUGUGGGCUCGCCGCUGAGCAACAUCGAAUACGCCGUGAUCGCCGAGAUGACGGGACGCUGCUCGCACUUUGCCUCGGAGGCGCUCAACUGCGCUGCACCGGACACGGGCAACAUGGAGGUCUUUGCCAAGUACGGCAACCAGCAGCAGAAGGCCACCUGGCUCACUCCACUGCUCAAUGGCGAGAUCCGUUCGGCUUUCGCCAUGACGGAACGCUUCAUUGCCUCGUCGGACGCCACCAACAUCCGCACCUCGAUCCGCCAGGAGGGCAACGAGAUUGUCAUCAACGGACACAAGUGGUGGAUCUCGGGCGCUGGUGACCCGCGUUGUGCGGUGCAUCUGGUGAUGGGCAAGUCGGACCCGGACAACAGCAACAGCCACGCCCAGCAGAGUUUGGUCAUCGUACCCGCCAAUGCACCUGGUGUCAAAGUGAUCCGCCCCAUGCAGGUGUUUGGCUACGACGAUGCACCUGAGGGUCACUGCGAGGUGAUCUACGAAAAUGUGCGCGUGCCGCUUGGCAACCUGGUUCUGGGCUGGGGCAAAGGUUUCGAGAUCAUCCAGGGCCGUCUGGGCCCCGGCCGCAUCCACCACUGCAUGCGCACCAUUGGCACCGCCGAGCGCGCGCUCGACCUGAUGCUGGCGCGCUGCACCGACCAGCGCAAAAAGGCGUUCGGCAAGACGCUCUCGGAGCACGGCACGAUCGUGCAAAACAUCGCAUGGGCGCGUAUCAAGAUCGAACAGUCGCGCCUGCUCGUGCUCUCGGCGGCCAACAUGAUCGACAAGACCAACGCCAAAGGUGCCAUGCGCGAGAUCGGCAUGAGCAAGGUUGCGGUCGUCAACGCGGCACUCGAGGUGCUCGACAUGUCAAUGCAGGCACACGGUGCCGAGGGUGUAUCGCAAGACACCAUACUUGCUUAUGCCUUCGCGCAGUUGCGUACGCUCCGCUACGCUGAUGGCCCCGACGAGGUGCACUUGCAGCAGCUUGGCAAGCUCGAGCUGCGAAGAGCGCCCGAGGUAUGGGAGAGGCUCAACAAGACCAACGCCAUCUCGGAGGCGCUGCUUGCUAAGAACGGCAUCAAGUCUCACCUUUGA